AUGGCUGGUGUAAUAGUUGGUGCAACACUUUCUGUUUCAGCACUUUCUGUUUCAGCACUUUAUUUAUUAAAAACGGUUUUUAAAGAGAAACAUUUUAAUGAAAAUGUGGAUAUUGUAAAUAAAGUUGUAGUUAUUACUGAUGGUACUUCUGAAAUAGGAAAAUAUCUAGUUCGUGAAUUUUACUUUAGAAAAGCGAGAGUUUAUGCGUUUUGCCCAAAUAAAAUUACAUUUUGUAAUCUUAAACAUUAUUUAUCAGAAUAUAAGUGUGAUUUAACACGUAUAAAAUUUGUUAAAUGUGGUCUUAUAAGUUUUUCUGCAAUUAAAAAUUUUGUUAAAAUAUUUGAAAAAGAUGAGGAUGUUCUUGAUAUUCUUAUUAAUAACGCAGAUGUAAAGGGUCAUUCAUAUUCUGAGUCAACAAUUGAUCAUUGUGAAAUAACGUGGCAAACAAAUUAUCUUGGACAUUUUGUACUUACUGAACUUCUAACACCUUUUUUACAAAAAUCUAAAGAAGGUGGAAGAAUAAUUAAUGUUAGUAGUGGAUUAGAAAGUAGUUGUAAAGAGCUUAAGUUGGAAACAGUCAAUUCUUCUAUUGAUUAUGACAAAGACGAAGCUUAUAGCAGAUCCAAAUUAGCACAGAUUAUGCAUGCAAUUGAAUAUACAAAACGUAUAAGAUCAGCAGAUCCUGAUACAAAAAUUACAAUCAAUUCAUGUGAAACUAGUGUUAAAGAAGCUAAAGUCUUUAGAUAUAACAUGUUAGUAACUUCUUUUACCAAUAUUACAAUUUCAUUUCUUAAAUGGUAUUUUUCCGAAUCACCUAGGGAUCGUGCACAAUGUCCUUUGUUUCUUGCAUUAAGUAAAAAAGUUGCUUCAAUUUCAGGAAAACAUUUUGUUAAUUCUUCAGAAAUGCAUGAAAUUAACAUUAUUGCAUCAGAUGCAAAUAAAUGUUCUGAGUUAUAUGAUCACAGUAUGAAAUACAUGGAAGAAAUAGAUAAUUUAUGUAGUUUUUAA